UGUAGUACGGUCACUCUCGCCGGUCUCUCAGCCCAUCAUUUAUCAUUCUAGAUGUUGACAGACCACGUUAACGGAGCUUUUUUUUAACAAACCUGUCACAAGUUUUAAUGGAAUGGAACCAGACUCCAGUGUAGUGAUAACGUAAUUUUAUUUAAAAUAGUGCAAGUGAAAUAUUUAAUAAGUUUAUUAUUAUUUUUAUUGUCAUUAUUAUUUUUGUAAGACUGGAAAUAGUUAACAUGGUGGAAAGUUCAUAUGCCGGUGAUUCACCAAGAUCUAGAUCUCCAAUGACUGAACCCUCGUCGCCGCUGCAAGACGCACCGGGAAUUUCCGGCAAUAAUAUUAUUAACAAUAAUCACCAGCGUUUCCUGUAUAAUUACUCGCCUGAUAGUGUCCAGCAGAAGCUGAAAACACUCGAACAGAUAACGCAGAAAGAUCACCAUCAUCAUCAUCACCGUGAUCGUGAUCGUGAUCGUGACCGCGAACGCGAACGUCAUGGAUUUUUACGAAGAAGUCCCAUGAGUGCGGAAGAGUCUUCGAGGUAUCGUCAGCGAGAGAUGUCAUCACGUCCCAGCUCAUCGGCCGCACUGUCAUCUCCCACUUCGCUGUUCACAAUCGACAGUAUUUUGGCACCUAGACCGACUGGUGCGAAUUCUACCAGCACCAGCGGCGGUAUUUCUGCUGGUCAAACAAAUUCAGAGACCGUCGGCUCACCACCGCGGACUAUUCAUCCGCUUCAGCAGCAGCUUCAUCAUCUAGCUUUUACACCAGCUGAUUUUUUAGCUGCUGCGUACCCAGGGCUCUAUCCAGGCGGUUAUGUAGCCGCGAUGGCAGCCGCCGGAGUGUCUUUGCACAGCCAACCGGCUUUUUAUCACACGACACAUCCCUAUCAGAUGAACCCCAACGGCCCCGGAGUGGGCCCGAUGACCAAACGUAAGCGCAGACAUCGGACCAUCUUCACGGAGGAGCAGCUAGAGCAGCUAGAGGCCACCUUCGACAAAACCCACUACCCCGAUGUCCUUCUUCGCGAGCAACUGGCCCUGCAGGUCGACCUCAAGGAAGAAAGAAUCGAGGUUUGGUUCAAAAACCGUCGAGCCAAGUGGCGGAAACAGAAGCGCGAGGAACAGGAGCGACUGAGAAAACUUCAACUUGAGCAACGACAGCGCAGCGACGACAGUGUGGCCAAUGCGAUCAGAGUCCCAGGACACCUGAGUCUCAACGGUCAGCACGAUCAGGACACUGACAGUUCGGACCUUGAGGUAGCGUAGUCUUGACUCCUCUCACCGCCACACCCGCCGAUUAAUUACUAUCGACCUCGUGAUCUUUUUUUGUAUAAAAAGUAAACAACAAAUUAUCCAAAUAAAGAAAAAAA